AGAUCAAAGUUUCAAAUCCAACAAAAUAAAGAAAAAGGGUGGAAAAGAAAGAAAAAAAAGGAAAAAAGAAAAAAAAAGGAGAGAUCUGAAACAUCGUGCAAUCUCCACCGUCCGAUCUCCAUCAUCGGUUCAUAUGAGUCCCGAGCUGCUGCUGCUCUUGCUCCAAUGUCGCCGGCGAUGGUAGAUUUCAGAUCCCCGCUUCAAAACCCUAACCCUAAUUCCAAAGGCCCGACUCAUCACUCUUCCAUUUCCAGACGCCCUUUCAAUAUCUCCCAACCAAACAUGUCGUCUUCCACCGAUGGCAGUUCCCGUAAUUUCGAUGCCGAGGGCACUUCCCGCAAUUUCAGCAUGUCUUUCACUUCUCCACUGCCGGCGGUGGCGCCGUCGGUAUCGGGAUCGUCGAGGCCCAGGCUCGUUAAGGUGAGGCGCCAUCUGGGUUCCCAACAAAGCAAGCCUUCGACGCCAGCUACGGCCGGUCGGAAUGAUCCCGGCUUCAACCCGUUCCGUCCGGCCAUGGCGGUUUCGGAGAGUUUGGAUCGAGGGGUUGGUGGUAGAAUGCGGGACGCGGAGGGUCGGGUGGGUUCGGGUUUCGAUUUUUUCCGAUCAGGUGCGGUGGUCUCGGACGGCUUGGAUGGAGCUGAUUUGGGUUUCGAUCUGUUCCGGCCAAGGGCGCCUGUUUCGGAUGGUUUGGAUCAAGGCGAUGAUGGUAAAAUGAGGGGUAUGGAGAAUAUGGUUGAUUUGGGUUUGGAUAUGUAUGGGACGAGUGAGUCGGUUUCAGAUGGUUCCGAACGAGGUGAUGGCACUGGAAUGAAUGUGGCAGCGAGUCAGGUUGAUUUGGGUUUUGAUCUGCUUCGGCCGAAGGCACCUGUUUCGGAUGGUUCCGAUGGAAUGGAUGAUAUAAGAAUGCAGGCCACGCAUGAUUGGACUGAACAUCUGUUUAAGCCGAGUGCUUCGGUCUUUGGUGGUUCUGAUCAAGCCAGUGAUGGGAAAAUGGGUCCCACGGGGCGUCAGGCUGAUUUGGGUUUCAAUCUGUCUUGGCAAAAUGCCACAGUUUCGAGUGGUCUGGAUCGAGCAGAUGAUAGAACGCGGGUACUGCAGGACCAGCUGUACGGUUCAAAUCCUUUCUUGUCGCAGGAAAAUAAGAGCAUGGAUGGUUCCAGAGGUUCGAAGUGGGAAAGCUUUGAGUUCGGGAAGUCCAGUGAUUCAGGUUUCAAGUUUGCAGCGAAGCCGUUCUUGAAUUUGGAUUCGGGAAAUGUGCUUCCGGAUGAGAUGAGGAAGUUGAAAAUAGGAAGUGAAACAGCAUCUUCAAAUGUGGACAGUUCAGGUUUUACAUUCUCUGCUGGCCGGAAGGGGAGUUCAAGCUCGAGUUCAAAUUCGAAUCUGAAUUUUGGUGAGGUUCCGAAGAAAGACAAUGUUUUUGUAUUCGGAAGCAGCGGGAAGAAAAGUUCAAUUUCAGGUACAAACUCAGCGGAUGAAAGCAAGGUGUCUGGGCUCCCGGAUGAGAUAAGGAAAUUGAAAAUCGACGAGAAAGCUAAAGAUGCUACUCAUAACACUAAGAUGGAUGAAAAGGUAAGUUUUUUCUUUGGAAGUAAUAAGAGCUUAGCUGGUUCUUUUGAUGGGAGCACAGAAACGAUUCUUCCUGAUGAAAUGAAAAAGUUGAAUAUCGGUAGCAGUGCUGGAGUGGAUGAUAGCAAGGUGUCUGGGCUCCCAGAUGAGACGGGGAAAUUGAAUACUGAAGAGAAAGCUAAAGAUGCUAAUCAUAGCUUUAAGAUUGAUGAAAAGGGUGCUUUUUCCUUUGGAAGUAAUAAGAAUGUCCCUGGUUCUUUUGGUGGAAGCACAGAAACUCUUCUUCCCGAUGAGAUGAAGAAGUUGAACAUCGGAAGCAGAAUUGGAGUUGACACUGGUGGAACUGAUACGGGUUGUUCUUCCUCUACAACCUCUGUUCAAGAUGAAAGCAACAUGCCUGGGCUCCCUGAUGAGAUGAGGAAGUUGAAAAUUGAAGAGAAAGCUAAAGAUGCUAAUCUUAGCUCUAAGAUGGAUGAAAAGAUCGGUUUCGUCUUCGGACGCAGUAAGAAUGUCACUGAUAGCACCAGUAGAACUGAUAUGGGCCAUUCUUCCUCUUCAACCGCUGUAAAAGAUGGGCAAUUUAGAAAUUCCGGUUAUGGGGUUUUCAGUGAUUCUGCUUUGGGUAGUACCUCUGUUCCAACACCGUGUACAUUUCAGUUGGGAAUGCAAAGUAACAAUUUGGGCACCAGUCAGAUUCCCCCCAUUGAGCCAAAGGGCGAUCCGUCUUUGUCAUCGAUGGGCCAUGCUUCUCAAUCAGCUGGGAACAUCUUUGACCGGCCUGCUGCUGAUUGGUCUGAGAAGAAGCCCAACUUAUGUUUUACAAGCACGCGGGAAGGGUUAGAGACACCUCGAGCGGAUCUCAGAACACCAAACCAGGAUGCUCCUUGUGCUUCAAUGGAUAACUUGUUUCCUGGGUUAGGCCAAAAUUUGGAAUUCAGCGCGAAGCGGGGAACAUUGAAGAACCUAAGGUCGAACAAGAAGAGGGGCAAAUUGAGGCCAAUUCAGCAGCGGGAUGGGACCCAUUUUAUUUCAAGUGAGAAAAGCUCCCAAGAAAAUUCAGAGUUGGGUUCUCUUGGAAGCUAUUCGCCAAUGGAUUUCUCUCCAUAUCAAGAAGAAAUUUCAUCUGCUGAUCAAUGUUCGAGAGAAACUUCGGUAGCUUCUGAUCAGUCUGUCCCCUUUGCGACAAACCGUGUAUCAACAGAUACAAACCAAUCGGUUCCUAUGGAUGCAAGAGAUGAAGAUCUGCUUGCUUCAACACAGCAUUUGAAUACCAAUCAAAGUGAUCCGAAAUGCAGAGAAUUAAACAGUGAAGGAUCCAAGCAUUUUGUCGAGGGAAGUUUUGGUGUCAACAGCUUACCUUCUGAAAAAGAGAAAACUAUUAAUAAUGAUAUUAACAUAGAGAUGCAAGCAGACGAUGGUGGCAACAUGUUCUGUUUUUCUUCUCGUUCAGAAGAUUUUGGUGAGACCAACUUCACCUUUGCUGCACCUCCUCCUACACUAGGUCCAUUAUCAGCAGCAAAGCGCCAUUACAGAAAGAAAAACAGGGGAAAAGUUGCUCCUGAUUCAUAUUCCUCAACUCCAAAUGCAAAAGCUGGCUUGGCUUCUCCUGCCCCGCAGUUCUUUCCACCUUCUAGUUCUUUGCAGCAUUCACACAGUGAAGGUCAAAAGGGAGAGUCAGCUGUCUCUCAGAAUGAAGCAUAUAAAGAACAAGGUGUUAGGCAGGAGUCUCUCUCCACUGCUGCUGCCACUGCUGCAGCACAGGAGGCUUGCGAAAAGUGGCGACUCAGGGGAAACCAAGCAUAUGCAAGUGGAAAUCUAUCUAAAGCUGAGGAUUAUUACACUCGGGGAGUGAAUUGUGUAUCUCCAAAAGAGACAACUAGAAGCUGCGUCAGGGCUUUGAUGCUUUGUUAUAGCAACCGCGCAGCAACACGGAUGUCUGUUGGAAGAAUGAGAGAUGCACUUGGUGACUGUAUGAUGGCUGCUUCAAUAGAUCCCAACUUUUUAAAGGUCCAAGUUAGAGCUGCAAAUUGUUAUCUUGCACUUGGGGAAAUUGAAGAAGCAUUGAAACAUUUCAAGAAGUGCUUGCAAGCAGGAAAUGAUGUGAGUUUUGACCAAAAAAUAAGAAUAGAAGCUUCUGAUGGUCUCCAAAAAGCUCGGCAAGUAGCUGAGUAUAUGGAUCGUUCUGCUGUACUUUUGCGCCAGAGAAAAUCCAAUGAUGCAGCCAAUGCAUUGGAAAUACUCAAUGAAGCUUUGUCAAUAAGCAACUAUUCUGAUAACUUGUUUGAAAUGAAGGCUGAGGCUCUCUUAAUGCUGCGGAAAUAUGAAGAGGUAGUAAAGUUGUGUGAGCAGACACUGGAUUCUUCUGAGAGAAAUUCUACUUUAAUUGGUGAUGAUGGCAAGUUAAGACCUGUGGAUGGUUCUGAAAGUUUAAAGAAUUCCUCUACAAGGCUUUGGCGGUGGCGCCUGAUUUCUAAGUCCUACUUUUAUAUGGGAAGGCUCGAGGAGGCUCUUGAUGUGCUUCAAAAGCAUGAGCAAGUGGGGCCCUUCGCAGAAAGGUUUGGAAGCAAGAUGCUAGAAUCUUCAGUUGCAUUUGCUGUCACUGUGCGGGAACUAUUACGCCAUAAAGCUGCAGGGAAUGAAGCUUUUCUAGCAGGAAGACAUUCAGAAGCAGUUGAACAUUAUACUGCUGCUAUAGCAUGCAAUGUGGAAUCACGCCCUUUUGCUGCAAUAUGUUUUUGCAACCGUGCUGCUGCACACCAAGCUCUAGGCCAAAUUACAGAUGCCAUUGCGGAUUGCAGUCUGGCAAUAGCUCUUGAUUCAAAUUAUCCAAAGGCAAUUUCUAGAAGGGCCACCUUACAUGAGAUGAUUCGAGACUACGGGCAGGCAAUUAAUGAUCUUCAUAGGCUCAUUUCUCUUCUUGAAAAGCAGACUGAAGAUAAGGGCAAUCAGUCUGGAACGUCAGGAAGAUCGACUAGUGGUGCAAAUGACCUCAGACAGGCUCGUAUACGGCUUGUUACAAUGGAAGAAGAAGCCAAGAAAGAAAUCCCAUUGGAUAUGUACCUGAUCUUGGGAAUUGAGCCAUCAUGCACUGCAUCUGACAUAAAAAAGGCCUACCGCAAAGCAGCACUUAGACAUCAUCCAGAUAAGGCUGGUCAAUUCUUGGCAAGGAGUGAGAAUGGGGACGAUUGUGUCUGGAAAGAAGUAGCUGAUGAGAUCCACAAGGACGCUGACAGGCUUUUUAAGAUGAUUGGAGAAGCAUAUGCAGUAAUCUCAGACCCCACCAAGCGUUUACGAUAUGAUGCUGAGGAGGAGAUAAGGAAUGCCCAGAAGAAAGGGAAUGGAAGCGGCACUCCUAGAAGUCCAGGUGAUGUUCCCAGCUACCCAUUUGAGAAAAGCAGCAACAGGCGGCAGUGGCGGGACUCAUGGAAGCCCUUUGGAAGCCCACAUCAGCGAUGGUCUGAAGCCUCUCGAUCAAACAGGUAUUCUUCAUGAAUGCACCGACUUGAGGGAGUUGCAGAGGCUCCCGAAUCACAUUAUAUCCAUUUGGUUCCACGUGGAUUAGUUCAGCGACAUUUUCAGGCAUGGGCUCAAUUUUGAUAGACAGAAUGGCUGCUAUUACAUCAGCCCAAGAGCGCGUGAAGUAUCCAAGAUGGAAUGGUAACAUGGGUGUUUGUGACAUGCAUUUGGUCUGGGCAGGUUGUCUUGCAGACCGAUCCCACAGCAAAUGUUUCAUAACCCAGUAAUCAGGCCAGUCCACUCUUCCUUCAGGCAGCAUCUGCACGAAAAAGAUGGAAGGUAAAAAAGGAUAGCCAACGGCUCACACUCAUACACUUAGCGUACUCGAGACCCGACCUGAUUUCUGGUUUAGAGGCCCACGUGAAGAAUGGCCUCGAAUUCUUAAAUGUUUGCCAUAUUGGCAUGUGUUUGGUGUUCGCAGUGACAUUUCUCAUACCGAUACCUACCUACAGGCACGGUCACACAUGAAUAAGUUGCAGUUCCAAAAGAGCUAUAAAUAUUAUCACUAACAAUGAUGAAGGACACAAAAAAGUUUGUGGUCCUUGAUAGAGAGCUUAAAAGAUCGGUUUCUAAUGGAGGAAGGAUGAUUGCUGUGGACUGUGAGUUAUGGCCCACUAGAUGGAGGAGAUUUGCCGUAAUUUCCACCUUCUCUUUGCAGGGAAAGAGAAAUAUUGAGUAAUCUUAUCAUUCUUUUCUCCGCACUCUCUAGUGCUUACUCUUUUGUUGUUGUUGGAGUUUUGGUUGCAAAUGACUUCGAUUUGAAAUGGUUGUAGGCGUUUGGGAUUGGUUUUCCUUGCCUGAGAUGGUAGUCUGGGAAUGAAACAUUCUAUGUAAAUUAGGAGGAUCUGUGUUUGGAUUGUAUAUUAUUAACAUUCUUAUAUAUCUAUAUAUGAAUUCUUUCAUGUCA